GCUGGAAACUUAACUACUAUGGCCAAGCCUAAGAAGAGAACAUCAUCCUCAAAGAAGGAUACUUUCAAGGAGGUCUCCAAUGAUAUUCCUAAAGUAUCUUCUCCUAAGCAAGACCCACCUAAAAGUAUCUUUAAAGAUUCACCAGUCUAUGACUUGUUGCAUUAUUUUGAAAAAGCCCCUGUUCAAUGGGAAGCAAGAUACAUCCUUGUUCUUACUGCAGUAUUAUUAAGAUCUGCUGUUGGUUUAGGUGGACAUCUGGGAUAUCACACCCCGCCAACUUUUGGAGAUUUUGAAGCACAACGACAUUGGAUGGAAUUGACAAUUAAUUUACCUAUUUCAAAAUGGUAUUACUUUGAUUUGUCAUAUUGGGGGUUAGAUUAUCCCCCAUUAACUGCAUAUCAUUCCUAUUUACUCGGUAUGAUUGGAAGUUUCAUCAAUGGGUCGUGGUUUUCAUUGGAUGAGUCUAGAGGUAUGGAAACUGAUGGGUUAAGAUUCUUUAUGAGAUUUAUGGCCAUUGCAAGUGAAUUGGUCUUGUAUAUCCCUGCCAUAUUGACAAUUGCCAAUAUCUUGGGUAAAAAGUUUAAUAUUAACCGGAUGGAUCAAAUAAUUAUUUCGUUGGUUAUUAUCAAUCAACCACAUUUGGUAUUAAUUGACCAUGGUCAUUACCAAUUCAAUUCAGUUAUGCUUGGAUUCUUUGUCUAUUCUGUAAUUGAUCUUAUAAAGAAUAAUUUGUACUUGGCCAGUAUUUGGUUUGUCAGUUGUAUCAACUUUAAGCAAAUGGGAUUAUACUACUCCCUCUUCAUUUUCUUUUACAUAUUGAGUCAAUUGAAAUCGUUCCUGGGAUUUAUAUUAGUUGGGUUAACUGUGGCCAUUACGCAAUUUGUCUAUUUACUUCCGUUCAUACUAACCAAACCCGAAUCAGUGCUUCAGAUUGUUCUCCGAGUUUUCCCUUUUAAUCGUGGAUUAUUUGAAGAUAAAGUCGCAAACUUUUGGUGUACUACAAAUGUCUUGAUCAAAUAUCGGGAAAUUAUUGAUGCUGCUCAAUUACCUAAAUUGGCUUUGUUGGCGACAUUAUUAGCAGUGAUACCAGCAAAUGUAUACUUGUUUUUCAAGAUAAGAAGCAGACCAUCUACAAAAAUCCAAGGUUUGAUCUAUGGAUUCUCGCUUAAUUCUUUAUCGUUUUACUUGUUUUCAUUCCAGGUUCAUGAAAAGAGUAUUUUAAUUGCAUUAAUACCGAUUUUAUUGUUGUUGUUGAUUGAUCAUAAAGAUAUUGAUAUUAUUCAAUGGAUAAAUAAUGUCGGUACUUUCAGUUUAUAUCCGUUGUUAAAGAAAGAUGAAUUAAUAAUGCAAUAUUUUGUGAGCAAUUUCUUGAUCAAUUGGUUAAUCGGUCCAAAGAUCUUGUUGCAAAAGAAAUAUCUGUUGAAUACGGUUGUAGUUUGGGGUACAUAUUUGCUAAUGAUUGUUUAUCAUGUUAUUGACGCUACUAUGAGUCCACCCACAAGAUAUCCUGAUUUAUGGGUUAUUUUAAACAUUGCAAUUUCAUUUGCGGGAUUCUCAUACUUUUGGCUUUGGUUGGUGUAUAAGAUCUACAAGUUAUAGUUUCAUAGUUAUCAUAUUAAUCUAAUCUGGUCUUCUAUAUAAUAAGAAUCCACUCUUUACACCAACUUUAGUAUAUAGUAAUUGAGCACGAUGGUUUUCAAAUUGAGUAGACCAGUAGCAUUUCUUACAAUUCAAUCUAUCAGCCUCAGAGUAAAUAUACUCAAUCAACUUUCUGCCAACACCAUGUAAUCUAUUGUCGGAACAAACAAACAAAUCAUUCAAAUAAAGGGCAUUUUCAAUAGUCCAAGUAUUUCUAUGUGUCAAGUAAUUGGCAAAUCCAAUAAUAGUGCCGGUUGAAUCGUCAAUAGCUACCACGGAGUAAACUGGUUCAUUUGGAUCAAGAAAUCUUCUAAAUGUUUCAUUGGAGAUUUCGGGAGUUAAUUUGUGAAGUGACUUGUAAAAUUCAAUGUAUCCUCCUGGUCCUGUCCAAAGCUCGAGCCAUCUUUCCUUGUCCUCGUCUUUAAUUGGCCUUAAUGAAACUGACAUUUUUGAUUUAAUUCUUGAAAAUUUUUCAAACUGGGGAAUUUUAGGGUCUAUUUAUACCUAGACUUUCUAGAAGCUUAUCAGGC